AUGAAUCUUUAGAAAAAAUUGAACGAAAUUCAAUUAGUUUAAGAGCCUACUUUAUGUAAAGGUAUCAAUUAAUUUAAUGGAAUCUCUUGGGAUGAACUAGAAAGUAGAUUUAUUUACUCUACAUUCUAAAUCUUGUUGAAAGAUUAAGAAAUUUAAUACAUAAAAGAAGGAUCCAUUAUAAGACAGUAAUACUUUAUUAUUUAAGGAAAAUAGGGAUAUUAUUAAAGAUAACUCAAAGUAACCUGAAUACUUAGCUAAUUUAGAAUAGAUAAAAUUUUUAAAAUGGAUUGGAAGUUAUAAUAAGAAUAAUUAACAAAUUGGUAAAUGGAUAGUAACUUGGAAGGGAGAAACUCUUUAAGAAAUAGGAGGAUAUUAUGAUGAAGGAAAAAAAUAAAGCCUAUGGAAGGAAUNUUACGAACCCUAUACUUUAAGUAUAAUAUUAUUAUAAUGAAGACUAGGAAAACUACAAAAUAGAUUAACAAGAUAAAUGA